GCGGGAGGCAGCCCGCGCCUGGGUUCACGUCAGAUCGGCUGGCCUCCGUGCAGGAUCUCGUCAAGCAGUCUACAUCCGCGCGCGGGAAAAUUGGGUCCCCGUGACCGUUACCCUUUCGCUUUCCACGCGAGACUCCGGAAGGGGAGGAAGGAGAAGGACGGACCCCCUUCUUCGACUGACACUUUGGGGGAAGGCUAGCAUAGCCUGAUGGCAGAAGAGUUCACAGUAGAGGAUUCCCCCCAAAGAGGGGAAUGGGGCCUCCCUAGUAGAGCUGGAAGCCUCCAUGUGGAAGAAAACAGGGGUGUCUGCUUUGAGGGGGGACUCUCCGGGAGUAAAGCAGCGAGGAAGAUGGAUUCCACAAGUGUGACAGGACCUGUAAAGGGCUGCAGCAUUUGUUGCAAAUCCUCUUUGCAUCAACUACAAGAUCUGUGCCGCUUGGCCAAGCUCUCCUGCCCUGCUCUUGGUGUGUCUAAGAGGAACUUGUAUGACUUUGAAGUGGAGUACCUCUGUGAUUACAAGAAGAUCAGUGAACAAGAGUAUUAUCUGGUAAAGUGGCGUGGGUACCCUGACUCGGAGAGCACCUGGGAGCCGCGGCAGAAUCUCAAGUGUGUGCGCCUCCUCAAGCAGUUCCAUAAAGACUUAGAAAGGGAGCUGCUUCGGCGGCACCACCGAUCCAAGCCACCCCGGCACCUGGACCCCAACUUGUCCAACUACCUGGUACAGAAAGCUAAGCAGAGGCGGGCUCUUAAGCGCUGGGAGCAGGAGCUCAAUGCCAAGCGUAACCACACUGGACGCAUCACUGUGGAGAAUGAGGUGGACUUAGAUGGACCCCCUCGGGCCUUUGUGUAUAUAAAUGAGUACCGUGUUGGUGAGGGCAUCACCCUCAACCAGGUAGCCGUGGGCUGUGAGUGCCAGGAUUGUUUAUGGGCACCCGCCGGAGGCUGUUGUCCGGGGGCAUCCCUGCACAAGUUUGCUUACAAUGACCAGGGCCAGGUGCGUUUACGAGCUGGGCAGCCCAUCUACGAGUGCAACUCCCGCUGCCACUGUGGCUAUGACUGCCCCAACCGUGUAGUCCAGAAGGGCAUCCGCUAUAACCUCUGCAUCUUCCGCACCGAUGAUGGGCGUGGCUGGGGGGUCCGCACGCUGGAGAAGAUCCGCAAGAACAGCUUUGUCAUGGAGUAUGUCGGAGAGAUCAUUACCUCAGAGGAGGCAGAGCGGCGGGGCCAGAUCUACGACCGCCAGGGUGCUACCUACCUCUUUGACCUGGACUACGUCGAGGACGUGUACACUGUGGAUGCCGCCUACUAUGGCAAUAUCUCCCACUUUGUCAACCAUAGUUGUGACCCCAACCUGCAAGUGUACAACGUAUUCAUAGAUAACCUUGAUGAGCGGCUGCCCCGCAUCGCUUUCUUUGCCACAAAGACCAUCUGGGCAGGCGAGGAGCUCACCUUUGAUUACAACAUGCAAGUGGAUCCUGUGGACAUAGAAAGUACCCGCAUGGACUCCAACUUUGGCCUGGCUGGGCUCCCUGGAUCUCCCAAGAAGCGGGUCCGAAUUGAAUGCAAGUGUGGGACUCAAUCCUGCCGAAAAUACCUCUUCUAGUCCUGAGAAGUCUUCAUCAGACUGAGAGGCCUGAAGCUACCCAUCUUUUCCCUACUGCUGUCUCCUCUUGUGGGGAUGACCACCAAAGCCUCACCUGCUGCUGCCACCUGCCCUUGCUUGCUUCCACCUGCCCCAGCGUCACGGGUGUGGUGAGGACCAGCUCCGGCUCCCCUUUUCCUUUUCCCAGUCCCAAUUGUGGGUUGCUCUUAGAAACCACUAGCCACUUUUGGAAGUACUUUUUUAACGUCAAAUUUUGUCUAUAUUUGGUAUUUAGGACCUUUCAUGGAGGUCCAAGGACUGAGCUUCAGCUGAGCCCCCCAGAAUAGGGGGUUCUUUAGUUGGUUGGUUGUAAUAUUGUUUUUCACUUAUUUCUUCUUUUGAGACAGUCUUUAUGUAACUGAGGCUGGCCUGGAACUUGCUAUGAAGCCCAAGCUGCCUUGGAAUUCACUCCCCUCCUUGUCUCCCAGUUCCCAAGUGCUAGGAUUAACAGGUAUGUGCUGCCACACCAGGAGAAGAUACUUGUUUUUGCACCUGCUUUCUUUUGCCCGGAGCCUGAGUGCUCUGUUCAGGUCUCCUUCCCGCCCCUUGGUAUGAGGCAACACCCCAGGGCAGGUGGACAGAUCUAUCCUCCUCCUGAAAGAAAAGGAGAUCUCCCAGGGCUGUGGCUGAAUUUGGUUCUGCUUAUUGUGCUUAUGGUGCUAGCCUUAAGAGUUGUAGGUUCUUUUGUCAGGGCUGUAGAUCUGGGAAGCCCACAUGCCACUUGGGGGGAGAUAGAUACCUAUGACCCAGACUACCAGCCCUGAAAGAGGGAGCUAAGGAUCACAUUCAAUCUUUGUCAAGAAGUAUCUCACAGGCUUGGGAACUUGAGUGAGUGUUCUGGAAACCACAGCCCUGAGCUGCAAUGACUUCUGGGACUACUUGAGGCUGGAAUCAAGACCUAGAGAGUCUGUAGAUAGCACUUAGAACAAUAGUGUGCAUUGAUUAGAAGCUGAUGAUGUGCCAGGCACUGAGUAGAGUGCCUGGUCUAUGUGGACUGUCUCAGGGAAGCCUUGAAAACCACAGAGAUGGAGCCCAGUGAAGAGCUCACGUGGCCGAAGGCCAAGUACAGACCAAGAGUGGCAGAGAAGAAUUUCAUUCAGAUGUUCUGAGGCGAGAGGGAGUCUCUGCUGCCUGCCAGCUCCCACCCUGUUGAUCUCACCCUGGGUCCACUGGUCUGAAAAGUCAAUUGCCUAGACAUGUACAAAAAGGCGAAGGUGCUGAUGGCUGCCUCGCCUCCUGCUCCCUACUCCUGUGAUGUGUUUAGGUAGCCUUUCCUGACUACCUGUGCCCACCAGUGUCCCCAUGUGUGACUGUGCCCUGCUACCAGAUGCCAGAUCUGUGUGUCUAUGUGUGUGUUUCCCCCAAGCUCACCUUCAGGCGUGGACUGAAUCUGGUUCUUUGUGUACCCUUCAGCUCAACCCAGCCUGGAACAGACAUCAAUAAAUCUUGUGGUCUGAACAAGCUGAGGUGUGGAGAAUUAUGGGCCUGGUGGUGGCUGGGAGAUGAAAGGCUAGG